AGCUCGCCUUGAACAUUCCAUUACCGUCCUUACAUUUUCUUACGCUUUCAUCCUCAUGGCUUCCAGAGUUUUAGGGACCGCCUUGUUGCGCGCUGCACGCCCACAGCCCGUCUUGGCUGCUGUCAAGCCCAGCUUGCGCUUGAAUGCCACUCGCACAUUUGCCAUUACCUCAGCAAGAAGCCAAGCCACUUCGGUGUCUGCUGAUCCCAACUACAAGUCGGGCAACGAUAGUCUCCAUGAAUACGGCAAAUUCUUGACAUCCAUGUUGCCUAAAUAUAUUCAGCAAUUCAGUGUAUACAAGGAUGAACUCACCAUUUAUGUUGCUCCUUCCGCCAUCGAACCUGUCUUGACCUUUAUUCGCGAUCACACAAACUGUCAAUUCAAAUCGCUCCAGGACAUGACCGGUGUCGAUUUCCCUUCUCGCCAAAAUCGAUUUGAGGUUGUCUACAACUUGUUGAGUUUCCGUUACAAUGCUCGUAUUCGCGUCAAGACAUAUGCCUCUGAAACCUCGCCCGUUCCUUCUGCUGUCCCAUUGUUCAGCGGUGCCAACUGGCAAGAACGUGAAGUAUACGAUAUGUUUGGUAUCUUCUUUGUCGGUCACCCCGACCUUCGUCGUAUCUUGACCGAUUACGGUUUCGAAGGCCAUCCCCUGCGUAAGGACUUCCCUCUCACUGGUUAUGUCGAGGUCCGUUAUGACGAAGAGAAGAAGCGCGUCGUCGCAGAACCCGUCGAACUGGCCCAAGCAUUCAGAAACUUUGAAGGCAGUCUUUCUCCUUGGGAGCAAGUUGGUCCCGGACGUGAUGAUACACCCGCAAAGCAGCUCGAAGAAGAGAAGAAAUAGAAAAUAUUAUCCAAAUAAAGGAAGAAAACAUGUUAAAAGAAAUCAUCAGGAGGGUUGAUAGAGAAGGGCUCGUUGUUUUAAUGGAAGAUGUAUUUAUCUCAUGAUCUA